AUGCCGAUUCCAUAUGCCAACCGCCUCUACGCCCUUCGCCGUCGCAAUUGCCUCCCCACCCCGUCCCCUGAAUCCUUUGACUCCUCCGCCCCUCCCUCUCCCGACCACCCCACCCUCAUCAACCCAGAUCCCACCUUCCCUGAAACCCAACUCCCACCACCCCUACACCCCGACUCCACUCUCCCCGGCCCCAACCUCUCUGCCAUACUCCCUGAUCCCACCCUUGAAUUCCCUACUCCCAUGAAUCUCGAACCCUCCCUCCUCAAAAUCGUGCUCCCCACCCCCACUAACCCCUCUUCCUCCCCACCUUCAGCCGUACCUUCUCCACCUCGUGACUCCUCCCCUCCACCUAAACCCAAACCCAUUGGCAUCGCCUCUCGCACCCGCACCCACCAACAAAUCCCUACCAUUCCCUCUGCUGACGCCCAUUCCAUGCCUAUUGCCGCUGCCCCUCAGGGGGAGUUUGUUGUGCCGCCGGGCACCUUCAAGCGUCACAAGAAGAAGAAGCAAACUUCUUCCUCCAAGUGGUUGUGGUUCAGCUUUGGCAUGCCCUCUGAACACUGA